UACAUUAGCAGCUAUAAAUGGAAGCAACCCAAGAGGACUUUCAGCUUCAGGGGCACAGUCAGGACUGUGCCGUAACCGGGUUAAUGUCAAGCAGUCGCUGAACACUGCUAUUUAUGGUAGUCAAUGCGGAUGGUGUCAAGUUCGCGUCGAGCUAGGUGACUAUCGCCUAUCGGCCUGAGCGAUGGCGGAGGGCGCGUUCCUGCUUGAGAAUCUGUAUGAAAAGGCAGAUUACCUUAUAUCGGCUUUGCGCAACGAGGCGCCCGGCGCGGCAGCGCGCAGCGCUCAGCUCGCAAAUGCUCCCAGCGUGCAGCCACGUGCGGAGACUGCCGCCGGGGGGCAAGGCCAUACAGAGACCUUGUCAUGGCAGCCCAAGGGCAAGCUCAAUGCCCACCGCACGUCCGCCAUCACUUCAGCAGCAGCCCUGCAGGAUUUCCUGCUUCAGACGGCGCCGGAGCCUAUGGCGGGGCCGCUCCUGGCCCCCACCAGCAGCGUCGCCGUCGGGGGCGGGCCCUCACACCGGCGGCUCGUGGCUGCCCCCUCCACCCGGCUGCGGCGGGGCAUCUCCCGCCGCGUGGACUCCCUGCACCACGCCCCGCUGGCAGCUCUUGAUCCAUUUGACGAGAGCGAGGGCGGCGCGGAGUCGGGCGGGGGCGGGGCACCCGGGCUGGACAACCGGCCCUUGCGCGGCGUCAACACGCGCGCCAACACGCACGGCAUCGCCUCCACGCCAGGCAUGGCCUCCACGCACGCCUUCACCACAGGGCUGGGCUACGUCGCCAGCCACCACCCCGCCUCCCUACCAGGCAUGGUUGCAGCGGCCGCCGCGUCGCCUGGGUUGCCGCUGCCGCUUCCACCGCACCCGUCUGUGGGCCGCGGCUCGGGCCGGCCCGCCUCCUCGGAUGGCAUGGCGACGCGGCGGGCGCCAUCGGGCAGCGGGAUGUUGGGCAGCACUGGCAGCGUCAGCGGCAUGGCCAAUACGCCGCUGCUAGCGGAGCUGCUGGAGCCCACGUCAACGUCGCUGUCGCCAGUCAAGCUGCGAGAGCUGCAGCGGCGGCCGUCCGCCAAGCCCAGCCGGCGGUCCGGCGGCGGCGGCGGCGGCUCCGCGGCGGCGGCCGGCACGGAUAGCGGCCCCGCGGAUCGGAUGCUCUUUAGCUCGGCAUCGCUGGAGGCGGCGGUGACGCAGGAAGCCCUGGCGGCGCUGCUGACGUCGAUGGACGGCGGCUUGGGUGGGGACGUGGGCUGGGUGGCACCGAAGGUGCUGCACCAACCGCAGACGCCUCUAAGCAGUCCGUCAGGUGCUGGUGGGCAAAUGCACGUGCCGACCGGCACUGGCUUUGGCCAUAGCACGGGUACGGGCAUGGCUGGAGGACAGGGCCGGCGGCGGCCGCUGCGGCAGCCCAGCAGGCUGGGACCGCAGCCGGCGGUGGGGAGGGAGCAGCUGCCGCUGCUGCAGACAGGCUCAGACUUAGAGACUGAUGCAGAGGCCGAGGCAGGGAAAGGGAAGGCACAGUCGCCAAAGCGGAUGCCCAAUGGAACCGGCUUCGGAGCGGGCACGGACCCUGCCAUAGUGCCGGCCACGGGGCCUGCGGGCGGUGCUGCUGGGGCGCCGCAGGAUGCGGCGGUGGAGCCAGCGGCAGGCGCGGCGAGGAACGGGGCCGGCGGCGUGCGGUUGGCUGAGCCUGGCGGCAGUGCGCGGGUGGCCGGGGAUUCGCCAGCACUGGUAGCAGCAAACGCUGCAGCAACGGGCAAACCAUCUACGUCCUGGGGCUCCUGGUUCAAACGGGGGGUUGCCGUGCAUCCGGAUGUUGAGGAGCCGCGGGCCCAGGACCGACAGCAGGGCCGCAAGCCCGUGUCGGCUUGGCAGCCGCCCCCACCGCCUGCCACAGCCCCCGGCAGCGGCAGCGGCCGUAGCAUAAGCACCAGCAGCAUCGUCCGCCGCCGGCGGCCCUGGCCCGCGUUGUGCCGCGACGGCGAGACAGCCACCGCAACUGCCACCGGCUCGACCUCGCUCGACCCAGAUCACCCCGCCGCGACGCGGCAGGAGUCGCUCGGCCGCCGCUCCUCCCACUCCCACCACCCACACCUCCUCUCGCGGCCGUGGCACACCUUCCCUCUGGAAUGGGCCAAGGUGCUGGACGGCUGGCUCCCCAUGUGGACGCCCUCGCCCGGCCGUUCGGCCUGGGACGUGUUGGUGCUGCUGCUGCUGCUGUUCACGGCGGUGGAGGUGCCGCUGGAGGCGGGCUUCCCGAACCAGAUGGGCCACGUGGCCGGCCUGGCGGCAACACACGUGGGGGUGCUGGUCGUGUUCUGGGUCGACAUCGUGGUGCAGUUCAGGACCGCCUACGUAAGCGACGCUGGCGAGCUGGUGCGGGAGUCAGGCGCGGUGGCGGCGAAUUACGCCCGCACCUGGCUGGCUCCGGACCUGCUGUCGUCAAUGCCUUGGGGGGAGAUCCUCAAGUUGGCAUUGGGCACUCACCGGCCAGGCGUGGGCGUGCUGGCAUCGCUGCUGCGCCUUCCGCGCCUGCUGCGCCUCAUGCGCCUGCUCCGUCAGCUUGAUCGCGUGCGCUAUGCCAACGUGGUGCGCAUGGGUCGCCUGUUGGUGCUGGUGCUGAUGGUGUCGCACUGGACCGCAUGCCUCUGGCACGGCCUGGCCCACUGGCUAGACGGCUGGCCCUGGCUGUUCGGCAUGGCUGGGCUGCGCCCCGCCGACCCGCUGAUCACCCAGUACAGCUACUCCAUCUACUACUCGCUGGUGCUGGUGGUGGGCGGCGACAACCUGCCCGCCAACAACAACCUGGAGCGCGCGUUCAUGAUCGUGAUGCUGGUGGCGGGCUCCAUCCUGUACGCCCUGGUGGUCUCCAACAUGGCUUUCCUAGUCGCCAACUUCAACAGUCUGUCCAGCAGGUACAAGUCCAAGGCGGCGCUGGCGGCUGACGCGCUGCGCUACAUCGGCGCGCCUGAGGAGCAGCGGCAGCGGGUGGCCGAGUACUACGACUUCCUCAUCAGCAAUGACCACCCCGGCCCCGAGGCGGACGGCUUCAUCAACGAGCUGCCGCGCGGCCUGGUGCAGGACAUCAAGUGGGCGCUGUACGCGGGCGCCUUCCACGGCCUGCCGCUGUUCGGCGGCUGCAACGAGGCGUUCAUGGCGGCACUGCAGGCGCGCCUGACGUUGGCCGCCUACACGCCCGGCGAGGUCAUCUACCGCGCCCUGGACGUGGGCCGGGACAUGUACAUCAUGCGGCGGGGCUGCGUGGCGUUGCUGCACGCCGGCUCAUGCGACAUGGCGGAUCUCAUGUCGCCCGGGGACGCGUUCGGGGAGCUGGCGCUGCUGCCCGACCUGGCGGCCAGGAGGAGGAUGCACACGGCUGUGGUGCUGCAGCCCACGGAUGUGGUGGUGCUGGCGGCGCGGGACGUGGUGGCGGUGUGCAAGGACCACCCCGAUGCUGGAGCCAUCGUGCAGGACCGGCUGUACCAGCGGUACAGCAGCGUACUGGCGGGCGGGCCCACCGCCUACCUGUUCCAGGACUUCCUGAACGCCAUCGGUUCGUACGACGACGACGAGCUGAUGUACGGCAAUGACGUGGUGGAGGACUGGUUUCAGAGCGGCGGCCAGCAGCUGCGCCUGAGCGACGCCCAGCUGGCGGCACUGUCGGCGGCGGCGGCGGCGCAGGCGGAGGCGGCGCAGGGCGCGGAGGGCGCAGCCGGGGCCCGGAAGGGCCAGCAGCAUGCGGCUGAGGCGAAGGAGAAGGCGGAGGCGAAGAAGGAGGAGGAAGGAGAGGAGAAGGUGGAUGGGGUGGUGGAUGGGGAGGAAGGCAUGCUUGACAGCGAGGCGGCGCUGCUGGCGGCGCUCGAGGGCGAGUCGCCCAAGAUCUCUCCGGUAACGGAUUCCGCCGCCGCGGAUCUGGUGCGACGCGGUGGCUCCUCCGUGUCCUCCUGGGCAUCCUAUCUGGAGGCGGCAGACGGCCGCGGCAGCGGCGGUGGCGGCACAGUCCGCAACGGGCUGGGCCGCGGGCGCGUGGGCAGCGGCACUGUUGGGGCUGCUGGUGCAGCUGGCAGCCCUGGCGGUGUUGGAAGCGGUGCGGGCGCCGGUCUGGGCACCAGCACAGUCCGCAGCCUGGGCAGCGGUGGCGGCGGCGGCGGUGGCGGCGGCGGCGGGCUGCGUGCGCCCGUCGUGCCCAAGUCGCGGCUGCUCUCGCUGCGGCGCGCCAAGGCGGCAGCGGGGCUGCUGCCGGAGGGCGGCGCGCCGUCGACGGUGCUGGAGGGCUCGGUCGAGCGGGUGGAAUCGGAGGGCACCGCUGAGGCGGCUGGGGCGGUGGUGGCAGCGGCGGCGCAGGCGGGACGAAAGGCGCCGUCCUCCUCGCGGUCUUCCUUGACACCUGAUCUGGAUCCAGAGGCCACCAGCCCCACCGCUCGUGCGCCGGCGGCGCUCCUACACGAUAGCGCCGACCUCAGCCGUGCCGGCGGCAGCGGCGUGGGCGGUGGCAGCGGCUCCAGUGCAGUCACCACCAGGGCUGACGGCGGCCCGGAUGGGGCAUCCAGCCUACAGCAUGCGGAUGUGUGGGCGCAGGUGGUGGCAGGAACGCAGGGCGGGGAACGCGCGGCAGCAGCAGCGACACACGGCGGCGAAAGCAGGGGUGGCCUUGAUGUUGGCGGUCACGGGGUGACAGACCUGCUCAUGUCAACCGCCGGUAGCGCGCUCGCUGAGUUCGCGGACAUGCAGCCGCCCUCUGCAGCGACCCCAGUGCCACUGCUAGCACCAGCACCAGAACCAGCAGCUGCCGCCGCAGGGCCGCCUGUAGGCACAGCACAGGCGCAGCCUCAGGUGCGGCCAGAGCGACAGCCGGCACAGCAAGAGGCGAAGCAGCUGGGGCCGCUGACUCGCAAGGGCGGCGCGCCCGCGGCGCCCAGUGCUGGGGCCGCUGAUGCAGCGGGUCCCGCCGCAGGCCCGGCCCCAGGCGUCAGCGCGGCGGCUGUGCUGCGAAAGCUGACGGCCGGCACCGCUAGCGUCGGUGGAGACGGCAGCGCGAGCAAUGCGCUCGGGCUGGCGGAUGCCGGCAGCCACGCUGCUGCGGCGCCUGCGGGCGGCAAGGACAAAAGCAGGACCAAGGUGCUUCCGGCGCCCCCCGUCGCGCCGUUGCCUCCGGCACCGCCUCCGCUUCCGCCGGGCGCGCCCAAGCCGCCACCGUCUGCCGCGCAGGCGUCGCGAGCUGCAGCGGCAGCUGAGGCCCGAGGCGGCGGCACCGGCGCGGGAGGAGCCAGCUCACCCACGCCACCACCAUCCGCCUUGACGGCGCACCAACGCGCCCGCCAGAACGGCACCAGCAACGGCCGCGCCCAGAACCCCUAUCUGCUGCCCACACCCGGCGUUGCGGCGGCCACGACAGCUACCGCUCGUGAGCGCGGAGCGCGCAACGGCGCCGCCGCCGCCGCCGCAACGCCCCCAACGGGCACCGCUGCUGCAGCGGCUGCCACAGUUGCUGCUGCUUCAGGCGCGGAGGCUCCUUUAAGCCGCUCCGUCCAAACGCCGCCGCCCACUGCGCAGGGCAUGCUGUUAGACUCAGCUGCCUCGUCCUCAAUACCAGGCGGCGCCGCCGCCGCCGUCAGCAGCAGCCCAGGCGGCGGCGCCACCGCCACCGGCGCCACGGCCGCUGCAUCGGGCGGAAGCAUUCACGUGCUGCGCCGCCUGGCGUCCAGCAUCAUCCGCCGCUUCAACGGCAGCGUCUCCGCCGCCGCCGAACGCGACGACGACGACGCUGCCGCUAGCUCCGCUGCUGCUGGUGCCGCUGCCGGCGCCGCUGCUGCAGAUGGCGCUGAAGUGGACGCUGGGUUGAGCGACGUGCGCGUCAUGAGCAACCUUCCACUUGCGGAUGCCAGCCCCGUCGCAACUAGCAACGGGUACGGAAUCGGCACCCACGCCAUUGUCCGGGUCAUCAACCGCCUACACUCCAUCACACAAGACGGGCCGCGCUCGGGCGCUGCAUCACCGCUCGCCGGCACCUCCACCCGCCAGCGCCUGACGGCUGGUAGCUACGGACCUGCUUCGCGGCGACACCUGCUGGGGGUAGCAGCUAUCGGCGGCGACGGUGUUGCAGCCGCCGCCAGCCCCAGCGCGGCCCAUUUCCGCCGUCACAGCAUUGGUGGCUCGCGCCCAACAUCCCAUUCUGAACUGCCUGACUGGGUCCUUGCGGGCAGGUCGAGCGCCGGCGGCGAUGGCGGCCGUGCGCCGUCGUCGGCAGCCCCGUCGGAUCGGCUAACAGUUGGCCGCGGCUCCGGCUCAGGCAUGGUGUCCACUACUCCCGAUUGGAUCGUCGCCCGGGCGUCGCGUCAGGCGUCACGGGCGCAGCGUGCCUCACGCGGCCAGUGGCACGCCGGCGGCGGCGCGGACGCAGGGCACGCCGCAUCCACCGUGCCGGGCGGCCCAGUCGGUGCGGGCGCGGGUGCGGGCUCGGGCACGGGUGCGGGUGCGGGUGCAAUGGCGGGGGGCGCGCCUGCUGACGUGGCACACGCGAUGCAGACCUUGGCUUUGGCCCUGGGUGUCGGGGUCGAGGGCAGCGGCGGCGCAGUUGCCGCCACCGGUAUCAACAGUGCCGCCGCUGGCGCGGCAAGGGGCACCACCGGCGGCGGCAUCUUGGCUGCCGGGCCGUCCGCGACGAGGGCGGCGGCGGCGAUGGCACUUGAGCUGCUGCUGCUACAGCCGGGUCAGAAGGACCUGCUGCUGGCGCUGGCGGAUGCGGUGGUGCGGCGCUUCGGUGCGGAUGCGGUGCCGUCAGCGCGGGAGGCGACGCGAGAGGCGGCAGCGAACGGGGCGGCGCAGGUGGAGGCUCGGCUGGGCAAGUCGCUGCGGACUGUCAUGGGUAGCCUCGGCGUCAUUGAACAACUGCUGUCGCGGCUGGACGCCAUGGCGGUCACCGCCAAGCGCCGCCUCGCCGCCAUCGAGCACGCCGCCGUGGAGGCGGCCGGCGACGGCGUGCUCGCGCCCAACCUGCUUGGUGUACUGGACACAGAAAGUAGCGACGGCCUGGCCACCGCCCUGGAGCGCCUGCGCGGCGCCGCCGAGCCCAGCGCAGAAGAUAAUAAUAUUAAUAAUUUGCCGGUCCCGGGGGCGCGCGCAAGUGCUGCUGUUGCCGCUGCCACCGUCCUAACGAUGCUGCCGCCGCAGCCGCCGCUGCCGCCGCCAACUGCGUCGUCAAUGGGCGUGGCUGCGACCGCGGCGGCGAUGGUUGCCACCGCUUGUGCGGCGCCGCCGGCGCGGCAGUUGGUAGCGGGCGGGCCCAUGCCAAAGGUGCAGUCGCUGCAAAACUUGUCCACACUGGCUGGGGAGGAAGUCAGCGGCCACGGUGCCACUGCCUACGCCGCGCGCACAAGCGGGUGCGGCGGCAUGAGCGGAAGCGGCGCCGCCGCCGCUGCCGCCGCCUUACCGGCGCCUGCCAGCGGCAGUGGAAUGCCCACCUUCUCCUCGCUCGGCCACGUCGGCUUCCUGCCAUCCGCAAGCCGCUCUCAUCGCAACCUCCAAAGCAGCGUGCCUUCGGAGGCGACGCUAUCCGCCGCAAACGCAAGCGGCGGCGGCGGCGCCGGCCGCGGUGCCACUGGUGCAGGCAGCGAGUCGUCACCGUGGCAAACGGCCAACGUCGCAGCGAGCGUGGGCCUCGGGUUGCUGGAGCGCUCCCGCUCACUGCACCGUCGCGCCUCCCUGUCGGUGCAUACCACAGCCGACGCCCUGGCUGGCAUGCUGCCGCGCGUCUCGGAGCACGCCAUGGCGGCCGCCGCUGCCGCAUCUCCACCCGGCUCGGAGAACGGCUCGCCGCGCGCCUCCUACAGCACGGCGGCGGUACGGCGGCAGUCGGUGGGUCAGGUGCAGGCGCUACUGUUGAUGUCAGCCUCAUCCACCGGCGGCGUAGAGGCCGACAGUGCACUGCUGGCGGCUCGGCCUGCCUCGGGGCGCGGCAGCCGGCGCGGCUCCAUGGAGCUCCUGCUGGCGGCGGCGGUGGCGGCGGCGUCCGAGGGCGGCAGCCACCGCGGCAGCGGCGCAGGCAGCGGCACGGAAAGCGACGGCCCCCGCGCCAGCCGCACCGGCAUGGGCGCCGCCGCGACCACGAUGGCGGAGGCGCAGGUGAUGGGCUCCACAGGCGGCGUGGGCCGGCGCGGGCCCGUGUCGCUGGGCCGCAGCCGCAGCCUCCUGGGCCGUAGGAGUAGUGCGGUGCAGAUGAGCGACGCGGCGGUCACAAGCCCCGACGACGUCGCAGCAGCAUCGCAGCAUGCCGCGGCCGCGGCUGCGGCCGCACUUGCUGCUGUUGCUGAGCAAGGCGCCUACGCUGUGUCCAUGUCAGAUGCCGACGCCGGUGCGGCAGCGGCUGCGGCAACGGCGGCUGUGGCUGCGGCAGUCCGCACGGUGGACGGCGAGCUGUUGGAUGCCCAGCACCGGCAAGCACGGCGGCCGCAGCGCUCGUUCACUGCCGCUGCAGAGGCCGCCGGCUUGCGUAACAGCAGCAGCACCGCCGACGGCACCGGCCUGCCUGGCGGCCGCCUGACGUUCGGCGGCGGCGGGCUGGUGUCAACCGCCCUUCGCACUGCCGUGCUUAACGACAACAUUACGGGGCUGGGCGGUAAGGGCUCUGGCGGCGGCGCCACGGCGGGCGGCGGCGCUGCUCAUGGCGGCGGCUUCCGUCCGUCGGCACUGCUGCCGUCGCAGCGUCCAGGCGCGCGCCGCGCGCCCCUGAAAUUAGGCAGCGGCGCAGCCAUGUCUGGCGGCGGCGGCGGCGGCGGCGGCGCUGGCGAGAGCUCAAGCUACUUCGCGCACAGCGGCCACGGCUCCACAGACGGCGGCGGCGUCGAGGAGUCUGGUGUCAGCGUGACGGGCGGCGGCGGGCGGCGCGCCGCGCCGUUCCGCCGCGCCAGCACCUCGACCACGCUGCAGGUUGCGUCACGUGCUGCUUCCAUGUCAGCGGCGGCACAGGGGGGGCUGCCGACGAUCAACACGGCCACGGCGGCAGCCGCGGCGAUGGCGGCGGCCGCUGCAGGCGCGGGGCCAACCCACAGGCGCUCGCAGCCGCAGGUUGAGUCGCUGGGGCUAGAUGUGUUGGAGUUGCGGCAGCCAAGCCGCACGGCGGCGGCGAGGAAGGCAAGGCGGGGCGAGGCGGCGGCGGCCGCCGCCGCAGCAGCGUUGGCUGCGGAGAUAGACGCGGAGAUAGACGCGGAGUGGUGAGGGCGUAACAGGCGGCGCUUCCGUGGAUGGGACGCAGACGCCCGGUCCGGUCCGCUGAACAAAAAGCUAAUGUUGUCUCGUAUACACUGCUGACCGUUUCUUGGUACUUUUAGUCCUGGUCCAGCCGCCAUAUUGCGUUGCCUUUACACUAGCAAGGAUCAGGCCAUUUGGGCACAAUGGGCAUGGGGCGAGCCAGGUAUACCUACCGAAGCUUGCACGUACCUGACGUAGGCCCUGGGCAUUAGCAUGACGUCGCAUAAACGAGUAACAGUUGGUGCUGGAGAGAACUCAAAAGGAACUUUACGGUAUCUUCCGCGUUGUUUGCCCCAUUCAUUACCGUAGUAUGCUCAAACGCCACAGGCAGUAGGCUUUGUGGUGCACUUGACACGUGAGCAAUUACUAUGGCAGCUGCCACCGGAACCUGGUGCGUGCGGUGCGUUGUUUAGAAUGUGGAGGCAAAUUGCGUGGGACAAGUGCACCGUGCUGGAGUCAGGGCCGACACGCCAUGGUGGGCUCGAGUGGGGUCGUGUCGCGACAGAAAACGCGCGCAGCCUGAACUGCUGUGGCGCUGUCUGAACUCAUCGGGAUGCCAUCCGGGGCGCUGCAACUGCGACCGCCGAAUGAAGGAACUGCUUGCUUACCGGUACUGUGGGAUGAGGACGGCUGCAGGUAAGACAUGACAAUGGCUGCGCGCAAAGCCAAUCAUUUGUUUGGAACACAUAAAGUGUGAGACACUGCUGGCAGAGCAACCUGCCGCCUGCAAAAGCAAAGGCAUUGGAGUUGGGGCGUAUCAAGACCGGCGUGCGGCUAGGGGGCCUAGUGCCUGCGGUUUGGAUGCAGGUCGCUCAAGCAUUGUUCGAGCUCUCUGUGUCGCUUGUUUUGGCAUGCGCACGUCAUGCGUGUAUGCUUGUCUUGCACGUAUUUUAAGGAAAAGGAACUCCCGAUUGCGAAGAUCGACUUUGGGCUUGGUAUGAUGCGAGACCGGUAGGCACGGUUGCCGGUUGCCCAUUGAGUACCGUGGACCCCUGGCUGAACUGGUCGUCUCUAUUUUGGAUGGAAUUUAUUCCGCGUGUGUAUCUAUGUUUGCGGACCGUCCUGGCACCAGGAGGAGGGGCUCCAGGUCAAGCACGACAAAGUUUGCGAGUGGGUACGCGUGUGAAUUUGGGGGCUAAUGCGGUGUUUUGAGGUGGCAAACCAAAGCGUGAAACUUCAAUGGCGACCAGCGCUGAAGGAGCUCAUCGGCCCGAUGCGUUCCUGGAUGAAACUCGAUAAUACCUAUGAGUGCUAUACAUGCAACAGUGAUUCAUCUACUACUUUCGAGACGUUACCCCUGACCGCGUUCACCCGCAUUCCGAUGGCAGCUGGCCCGGAUGAGAGAACGGGCGUGUGGCAGUGUAAACUGUACACAUACAAAUGAUAAGUUGAUAUUAAGCAGCGACUGGUGGCUUUCGAGAAAUGCAACGGUUGCUCGCGGUUGACCGGUACACCUGUGGCCCCCCACGUGUGCCCCCCUUGGUCCCGUGCGACUUGCUCGCGAGGUCCCGCUGACCAACUGCACGCACGUGUAAUGACGUAAUAAUGACUCACUCAUCAUUUGAGGCCCAGUCUUCUGGAAUAGCCGGAUGGGCCCGAUCGAAGUAGCUAGCAGUAGCCAGGGGAAGGUGUCAGUGCUGAUGUGGCAUGACGUUGCGCUGACGAUUGCAAUUGGGCACGCGAUGAUGUCGUACAAGUGCCCAGGAGUACUUAAGGGAAGAACCGGUUGUUUAGCAGUAUCCGGGUGUCCCCCAAAGACGGGCCUUUCCCGUGGACUCAAGCGCUGUAACGCACAAGGGCA